CCUUUAUAUCUUUGGCUGCUACACACUUUCUAUCUUGCCACGCCCUUUGGGUUCUAUUAACAUGGAUUUUCAAGAAUCCCUUACAUUUCAACAACGGUAUAGAUCCUUAUUUGUAUACAGAAACAAGGAUGAUCAGAAACGAGGAUGAUCAGGAACGAUGAUGAUCAGAAACGAGGAUGAUCAGAAACGAGGAUGAUCAGAAACGAGGAUAAUCAGAAACGAGGAUGAUCAGAAACGAGGAUGAUCGUUUAUAACGAACACGCAAGACCCCACCACCAUAACCUACCUUUUCUCCCUUCUUUCUCUGUAAAGCCGUUACAAUCUUUUUUGCUUACAUUUUUUGCUAUAUUUUUUUCAAAAUUUAACUCUCAAACGAGGCCUUAUUCUAAGAUAUUACCCUUUGAUGCCAAGUUUCAAUGUUAUUAUUCAUCUUCCGGUCGAAAACAACGAGUCAAUCUUUAAAUCCUUUGCAGGAACAGCCAUGGAUACUCUUAACAGCAGUUUCAGGUCGAAAGCAACGCCCAGACAUCAUAUCAAUAUUUUCAUUAGACAAAGCCUUUUUGUCCAUGUUUAUAUCAGUGCAACCUGAUGUUAUGUUUUUGAAAUUCCUGAACUAGUAGGGUUCUUUAAUUUGCGGGUUAAGGUUUUUGACAACGUCGUCAAAAUUUUACUAAGAAUAAAAGCAUUAGUACAUUUAAUUUAAUGUACAAGCGACUCUUCAAAUUUAUAAAUGAAGAUAAUGCAAAUAUUUUGACAUUGCUAUUUGAAAUACAUAUGUGUAUUCAGAAAAGAGGAUGAUCAGAAACGAGGAUUAUCGUUUAUUUAUAAGGAACACGAUUAAACAGGCUGAAAUUUCUAAGGGCAUCGAUUAAACAUCCCACGUGUGGAUGCGUCUAUACAUAGUCCAUAGUGUACCUGCAGGCAAGGCAAGUGAUCGAUUGAAUGUGUUCAUAUUUUCUAUUGCUUGUCUUAGCUAUCGUUUUCACACACGUACAUUGAUGGAUAUGUUUUGAAAACGCAUGUAGACACACCUACUCGAAACGUUGCUGAAAACUAUGACAAUGUCAGCUAUUGCUGGUUUUUGUCUUGCGAUUAGGCAUCUUUUGUAAGAUGAAUCUUGUAGGAAACUUUGGUGUCCAGAUAAUAGAAACAGUAUAAACACGUAGCUUUAGGUUGAAUUAUUUGUUAUGAAAAGGAUGAAACAUGGUCACACUGUCAACAUUCGUGGGAAGAAACUUUAUUUUAUGUACUUCAAACAAAUUUCAGAUAAACUAAUUGAAAUACAGAUUUGAAACCACUAGUAAGCGAGUUGGUAUUGCAGUUGAGUUCUGAAAUAAGCAUCAAAUUCGAGAGACAACCACACGCCAAAACCAAUUAUAUCUAAAUAUACGAUUGCCAAAUAGGUUAUGCGAAAAUGACAUCUAAAUUUGGAGGUAUUUGGUGAUGUUAUUCUGUGAUUUUAUUUUUUUGAAACUGCCAUUACGUUACAAACACUAAGUCUUGAGCAUUUCCUGUUGGUAGCACGGGAGUUCUCCGGUAGUGAAAUCUCGUUUUUGACGACCUUUGUAUAAAAUUUUAUAUUUGGUCCGGCUGGCGUCGUCACUGAUUAGUUUUCAUAGAUCCCUAGCAGAUGAUAAAACCACAUGCAAUUUCGUGAGAAGUUUAUGAUACUUGAAGAUACAAGGAACAGAUUUAGCAACAUGUUUGGUUUUAGUAAGAAGUGAUACGUAUGGAGACAAUGAAUUAACUGUUUAUAUUCUUUUUAAGUACCCUGAGAAAUCCCAAAACGAUUUUGGUUUCCGAUUCAAAAUGGACAUAAAAUAAAAAUAAAACAGUGGUGAAAUUUACAAUGUUUUGCCUAUUUCAUUUCAUUUAUUUAGCGUACCUAUUUAGCAUUUAUUUAGCGAUAUAUCCCAACAAUUACUGGAAAAUAAGUAACCUUUUAACAGAUGGUGUUUUAAUAGCCAGGAAACGACCAUUGAGGCAUCUUCCUUGAAAAGCCACGCCCAUUCCGAUAGGGAACCAAACUGAAAGCUCCUUCGGACAAGCUGCUGACAUCAUGAACAAAUCCGAAGUGAUUUCUUACUGAAGUGAAAGCCGCCUGGUAAAUGGUGGCAAGAGGUGAAAACAGUGUUCGUUUACUUUCAAUUUCAAUUUGAAAGGCAAAGUUUAAGCUGUAGUGGACAUGGAUGGAUUUAUGAACAUCAGAUUUUCAAUAUUUUGACUACAUUAUAACCAGGCCUAAUUCCUAACGUCGAACGAGAGCCAAUUGGGGAUGCCUCGAGAACUCCUGAUAGCGUUCAUCAUUUCCAUAUCUUUCAUAGAUUUGGUCUUUCCAUCUUGCCUGGAAUCAAAGUCACUGGGGACAGGACAGGGCACAGAGUCUCAGAAUAUAGGGACUGGAACAACCUUUGAAAAUCAUAAUGCAUCACAAACAGAACUAAAUAAUGGCACAGGAUGGUGUGUAAAAAAUGACAUUGCUCCAUCUCUUGUGAUCAAAUUCAAUAAGUUAAUAACAGUUUCAAAAGUCGGCACUCAAGGAGCCAUACUUUACAAUGAGACAUACUUUGCAUCAAAUUUUCGAUUGCAAUUUGGGUAUGAUGAUGGGAAGUGGUAUGGAUACCAGAAGAACAGCGAACCUGUGGUUUUCAUGGGGAACACUGAUUCUGUCACUGUAGUGAACAACAACAUCCAAGAAACUAUGGCAAAAGUUGUGAAGAUAGUGCCAAUAUUUCCAGAGAGCAAGAAUAUAAUUUGUCUCAGAAUGGAGCUCUAUGGAUGCAAAUAUGCUCUGAAACCAAAGCUGACUGUGGACAGAGAACUUUUAAUCCUGAAAUAUGGAGAAAGUGACAGCAUUAUGUGUAACACAAGUGGGCAAGUUGGGAUGACAUCAUCAUGGCAGAAGCCCCCAAGUGAUGUGAGAUCAACUGAGCAUGUCAUAGCCAACAGAACAUAUGGCAUCUUUCACAAAAUGUCACGAAAACUUAGCUUUGUCCAACCUGCUAUUUUUCAAAAUUUUGAUGGGAGUUGUGCCCUUGAAAAAAAAGAUGCUGUUGUUGUCUGCAAGAAAAACUAUACAUGCCUUGCAUCUUACUGGUUUGACAGAUCUGUGAAAAGUGCAAAGCGAGUUGAUGUGCACUUUGAAAAAGGCAUCACAUACAAUAUGCUGAUAAACUCUGGCAGUCUGUCCCCUGUACAUAUUGACAUAGGAUCAGUCGUUAAUCUUAAAUGUUCAGCUCGCACUCAAGACACAGCCACAAUUAAAUGGUACCAUAGGGCAGUUAAAGCGUGGAAUAGCUCAGCAGAAACGAAGAAAGAACGUCAUCUGAACUUCUACAGAGAAAAUGAUCUUUCCUUCACACCAUCUUCAUCUGUUGUUAUUAAUACUCUUACUUGUUCGAGAGGCAAAGCUGAAUCAAAUGAGAUACGCUGUGACACGAAAUUCAAUUGUAAAGUAAACUAUAAUUUUAACGAGAGCCUUUUUGAAGAAAAGCAAGUAGAUGUCGCAUUUUUCAUACCCCUUCCGAAGCAACCCGACUCACCAAGGGCUGAAUGCACCUCUGACAUGUGCACACUCUCGUGGUCACUGACUGAUCUUGGUGGUGUGGUGAAAUCAAAUUUAUAUUACAGCGUCAGCAUUAAUGGAGACGUGAGAACUACUUCCCUGCAAGACCAAGCUUUUGUUGCCGACCCAUUAGACCCGAAUGAAAAAUACACCGCAGCCAUAAAAGCACUUGUCAAGAAAUCUGAUGGGACGCUUGUCUGGGAGAGUCAACCUGUAUCUCUCAAUUUUGAAACAAAGCCUUCUAGCCUGACAACCAAACAAAAAAUACUGUCAGUUAAAAGCACUAGCAACAACAUUACGUUUAAUUGGGAGAAAACAGUCCUGCCCCCUGAAAAUGGUAAAGUUUUGAAGUAUGAUUUGACAUUGGUACAAACUAUGUAUGGCAACCUUGAUGUUAAGCGCGUCUACAUGCUGACUCCGAUUCAGAGCGUGACAAAUGUUGACAGCGAGACGACUCAGUUCACUUUUCGCAGACUCAAACCCUGGAGUAGAUAUCAGUUAAAGAUCCGAGCAGUGAAUAAUCACUUCAUGCCUGGACCAAGUACAGAGUUCUAUCAUAGUACGAAAGAGGCAGUUCCAUCAGUACCCCCUGGUAAUAUCCAAGGUUAUCAUGUGCAACCCAGCUACAUCAUUCUUCGUUGGGAGCAGCCUCUCUUUGUGACACUCAAUGGGAGGCUCACACAUUAUGUAGUGAGGUGGAGACCAAUCAAGACACAGAGAAGCAUUCGUUCAACUGGCAACUUGGAGAAGCUCGUCGACAAGUUGGUUUGCCAACCUCAUUGCCAAGUGAAAAUUGACAGUCUUGAGCCAUUUCAGGUAUACGGGUUUCAAGUUGCUGCCAAGAAUGUUGUGGAUGUUGGGAAAUUCAGCGCUGAAAAGUCAGUGAGAACUGCCCAAGCAGCACCAUCUGCUCCACACUCGCUCACUUACAAUGAAAACAAGACAACAUUUUUUUUAAUAUGGAAAGCACCGAUAAGGCCAAAUGGAAUCUUGAAGGAGUACGAGAUAAAAUUGAAAGCUGAAGGCAGCAUCAUUACUAGAUUUACAGAAAGCACUGAUCUCUUUUAUGACACCAAAAUAAAUUCUUCGGAUUCGAUUGAAUUCAAGGUGAGGGGAUACACAUCAGAUUUCCACAACAUCGGGGGUUUAGCGGGAGAUUGGUCUUCUUGGGCAACAGCGAAGCGUUACAUUACGCCAAUAAAACCCAGCCCACAGUCUUCACAAGAUGGGUCCGUGUUGGCCAUUGUUCUGUCGUUCCUGGCUGUCCUGAUCUUGCUCAUCAUCCUCAUAACCGUAUUUUUCGUAUUCUACAGAAGAAGGGAGAGAGGAAGAAACAGGCAGAAGCUGGAGGUUGAGAUGGAUUCUGUGGCUGAGAUAGAAAACGAUGAAGAUAUAAACGUCAUCACAGGAGAAGAUAUCCCAUUGACUCGCUCUAACGGUAGUGGCGAAACAGUUGAUGUGCCAAGCGAAGAACACUCCCACUUGCCAAUUCCAGUCGAAGAAUUUCAUAGUUACGUGAGCCGCAUGAACGAGUCUGACGGGGAGCCGUUUCACCACCAGUACAGGUAUGAAUUGAUGAGUGGCAAAUGCUGUUCAACAGAGGUCGCUUUGCGGAAUGAAAACAAACCGAAAAACAGAUACGUGAAUAUUGUUGCCUAUGACCAUUCUCGUGUCAUUUUAAAACCAGAAGCAGGCAGACGGCACAUCCACCAUCAUGGCGAAACAGAUUACUUCAACGCAAAUUACAUUGAGGGCUAUUGUCCGCAGUCAACCUCCAAAUACAUUGCCUGCCAAGGACCUAUGCAGUCUAUUUUCACUGACUUUUGGAGGAUGGUCUGGCAAGAAAACAGUAGUGUCAUCGUAAUGCUCACAAAUUUAGAAGAAGGGGGCAAAAUCAAGUGCGACCAGUAUUGGCCAUCGGAAGGAGCAAGAAGAUAUGGUCACAUUACCGUUCGUUUCAGAAAUUGUGACCAAACGGCUGACUACCUGAUCAGAUAUUUUGAAAUUGAGAAGGGUACUGGAAAAGAGAAAGAGAAAAGGACUGUGGUUCAGUUCCAUUUUAUAUCAUGGCCAGACAAUCAUAUUCCCGAGCUAGCAACAGCAAUUCUAUCGCUGCGAAGGCGUGUCAGGCAUCACUACUGUGGUGGUGCGCCGAUGAUAGUUCACUGCAGUGCUGGUGUUGGUCGGACUGGCUGCUUUAUUCUUAUCGACGCUAUGCUUGAGCGAAUUGAUAGUGGCGAGGGCAACGUGGAUAUUUUCAACUACUUGCAGUACAUGAGAACAAGAAGAAUAAAUAUGGUCCAAACUGCGUACCAAUAUAUAUUCGCUCAUACUGCUGUUCUGGAAUACAUCACAUUUGGAGAUAACGAAAUUUCAGCUAUUGACUUCGAGGGGAAAUUAAGAGAACUCAAAAUUAAUCGCAGUAUCGAAGAGGAAUUUAGGCUUAUUGAGUCAACAUCUCCAGAUUUGGAGUCACUUGACAACACUUGCAAAGUCCUUCUGAAGAAUGGAAAAUUUAUUGAAGUCUUCUAUAUUGAUGGCUACAAGCAAAGAGAUGCGUUCUUUUUAUGCAACUCUCCUUCAAAGAACAUGGUGCCUGACUUUUGGAGAAUGCUCGUUGAGCAAGGCUGUCAUACUGUAGUGAUGCUGAAUUGCCUAGAAGAAGAAGACAACUACAAAUACUGGCCUGAAAUUUACGCAAAUCAAAUAUAUGGAAACUACACGGUGGCGCUUACAUCAGAGCAGCAGACUGGAAAUAUAGCGACGAGAAAGAUCAAGAUUUCCUCUGCUGAUGCCCACGAGGAGGAAUUCGAGGUUCAGCAUCUGCAGUUCUUAGAAUGGCCGUCAGAUGGCGUACCAAAGAACAGAAAUAGCAUACUAACGUUGAUGUCUCUUGUCGAGAAGUCGCGUCAAAAUUAUGGCAAUGGACCUGUUCUCGUUCAUAGUGGGAAUGGUGCCGGCAGAAGCGGUACUUUCAUCGCCGUUUCAAACAGUACUGAGAGGUUGAAAGUUGAGCAGAUUAUCGAUGUUCUUCAGUGCGUUCGUGCCAUCCGAUCGGUGGUUCCUAUUGCCGUGGGGAAUUGGGAGCAAUAUGAGUUCAUAUAUGAGAUGAUUCGCACGUAUCUUGAGGGUUUUGAAACCUACUCUAAUUUCACAGAUGGAGCGCUAAGUGUAGAAAUGUAAUUCUUUGUAUUUCUUUGGUAGGUUUCUAAAUUUUGUUUUCACGUAUACGCUCUAUGUUGUAUAGAACCCAAUGGACCAUGAUCGUUCCUUGUCGCUGUAAAAUUAACAGCAUCAAUGUUAAUGAUCCCUAUCAUUUAUCGUCUUAAUGAUAAUUCACACAAACCUUUUGAAUACUUCUUGCGCAAUAUGCGUUACAACUUAGCAUAAAUUAUGUCAGCAACCGAAGCUCCAGCCUUUUUGCCACCAGACAACUGCCAUUCAUCUGAUGUCAUACAAGAAAUUUCAAAAUCUAAAUCUAAAUUAAUUUUUUUAAUUAAAAUUCUGAACUGUAUAUUUGUAUCCUUAAAGUUAUGACUAAGAUUUGAUCACCUUAAAACCAAUUUUUUCAAAACGACGUAUUGUGCCACUAGUUAUUUUUCACAAGGUUUGUGUUUUGUAUUUUUAGUUGUAUGAUGGAAAUAAUCACGUGCAAGUAGAGUUGAUAUUGGGAGGGACGUUGUGGUGAAAUCUUUCGUUAAAAUGAAGAAAUAGCAAUGGAAAAAGUCGUUUUAGUUUCAGAACAUUAAAAGUCGCUUUUGCAAAAGUAAUACGAUCGCGAGUCGCGACGACGAUCGUUUAAAAUUAAACAGAGCACACAAUCCCAGAAGACCCUAGGGCUUCAGAAAAAGCAGCCAGCUCAUUUUGUUUGGUAAACUAAACCAGGCUGGCAAAUUCACACAACCACAAAGGUCAGUCAUGGCCAGAAACCAAGCGACAGGAAAUAAACACAAGAGUUAGCUUACCAGAAGGCAAAUUAAUCAGGGGGUUAACACAAUUUAAAUCUUUUCUUUACUACCUAAUAUGAAUAGCGAGAAGAGAUGAACGCUCGCUGUGUUGUGGUUGUGUAGCAUAUUGUCAAGAAUAUAUUAUUUCUACGAUAAUUGCAAUUUUUACUUACUCUGGAGCAGAAAAAAGCUGCUAUUUUCUGACACCAUAUUGACAAUAUGGGACCAAGUAGAAUUCAUAGAUGUAGAAGAUUGAACCAGUAAUCAAGAAGUUUUCUCGAUUUCUGAUUGACAAUUUUUGAUAGUUUCAUUCUUUGUAUUUGUUUUGUAUCCAAUAACUUAUGUAAGUAUUUAAAGGGUUUUUAGGAUUCGUGAAGUUGUUGUUUCUCCACGGACAUAUUUUAGGCCAUAAGACUUGCACACAUAGUCAAUGAGGUAGAUGCGCGUGUUUGCACCCUCCCUGCACAUCUUGUUUUAUAAUUAUUUCAAUGCGUCAAGAAAAUUCUAGGAGAACCAUAUAUAUACAUUCGUUUCCACGCGUAGCAAUAACACGUGAUAAUAGUUCCUGCCAGAUCUGCAACGCUAAUCUCAAAACAGACAUAUUUUCUACUUCACCAAAACUUGGUUUAAAAGUCUGGUGUAAAGAUCGUUUUUUGAGAAGUUCUGUUUGGUUCGACCCCGAGACCCAUUUGCGUAUUGUCAUCGCAAUCAUGUCUGUAAUCAAAAUCUUUAGUUUUAGAUAUUCUCUAAAUUAGGAUGAAAUUAUUAGUUACUGCUGAAAUUAUCGAAUUUGUAGUUUUCUAGACUUUUGUACUUGAUUGUAGUAUCAGUUAGUAUUUAGUAUCCUUAAUAGAAAAUAAUAAAGUGAAUAAUCGUUGAAAUGCCUGAA